AUGGCUCUUGCAUUGUGGUUACCACUCAAAGUGGUAGAGUAUCCAAACCCUUCUGUGGGCAGAGAUUUGAUUGAUGAUACAAUUGAAGAAGUUGGGAAAAAUGAAGAAAAUUGUCCAGUGGAUUCUGAAAAAUUGCAUAGUAAUGACAUUCCAUCAACCAUAAGCAGCAAAUUCAUGGCAAUGCUGAAGCAGCUGACGAUGAAUGUGCCUUUAGUGGAGGCAUUAGAGCAUAUGCCUGGAUAUGCUAAGUUUAUAAAGGACCUUGUGACAAAGAAGAGAACAAAGGAGGCAGACCCGGGAGAAUUCACCAUCCUUUGUACUAUUAGGUCACUUGAUUUUCCAAAGGCCUUGUGUGAUCUCGGAGCAAGCAUUAACCUGAUGCUAUUUGUUGUUUAUAAUAAGUUGGAUUUUGUUAUUCUGGAUUUCAAGGUGGAUUUUGAGGUACCCAUAAUUUUAGGUAGACCUUUUCUCAUAAUUGAAAGCGUGCUUAUUUAUUUGUGGGCUAAUGAUCUCCUGUUUAGAUUUAAUGGUGAGGUAGUUUGGUUCGAUGUGUGCCAGUCUAUGAAGCAGCACAAGGAGAUAAAUGUAUUCUCUAUUGUUGAUGUUUAUUAUGAGGAUGAGCGAGAGGUGCCGAUAGAGGAGAAAUUUGUUGUUGAAACUCUACCCGCUAUUUUGAUGAACUUUGAUAGCGAAGGCAUUGAAAAGUAUGAGUAG